GCUCUUAGAAUCAAUUCCAAGUUUCGUAAUGCCUCUUUCCACAUACGAGAGAACACAUUAGCCUGGAGGCCCCAAAAGUAACUUUCAAGUUUCAACGAACGACACCUGUGCGAAAGUUCCCUCGUAUGCGCCAGGGUACAGGAAAUCCUCGCAGCGAAGUCUGGAGCCAUGGAUCAACACGACCCAUCCGCUGGUGUGCCAUCCGCCAAGUGCCCACUUUGUGAGCAGUUCGCAACGGCAAUAUCUUCGCUCCAGUCACGACAGCCCGAGCAAUUCGAUCUAGUCCCUCUCGAGCUUUUCUCGGGCCAAAUACUUUACGAACGAGCAGACGAGGUCGACGGAUACGACUUGUUCUCAGGACUGUAUCUUGCGGAAAACUCGCAAUGCUUAACAUGUACAGCAUUAACAGAUAGCAUCGUCCACAGAGCCUUGCGCGAGGUUUCGGAUCCGGUUUCGACGCUGAAGUCAUCAAAACUUUCGUUGAAUGGGCCUAUGUGCGCGACGGGAUGUUUUAUCCUUGACAUCGAGACCACAACCGAAAGGUACGAGCUGCGUAUCGUUCCCUCGUCUUUCGCCAACUCAUCGAAACCUGAUCCCUCGCUUAUUGAUUUCGGCAUGAUUCGAAGCUGGGUGCAAACCUGCGAUUACCAGCACGCUGGACAAUGUCACACAUUCUCAAGCGAGCGAAAGCGCUGUUACGUCAACAUGCUGAUGAUCGAUGUGGUUGAGUCGUGCAUUGUUGCGAUUCGUGUGGGUCAAUAUGUGCCUGAAUAUACCGCGCUCAGUUACGUAUGGGGCAAGGUUGAAACACUCCUCUGUACUAAAGCAAACCAUCAGGAUCUGAAGAUUCCUGGUUGCCUUGAUACAGCUCCAUUCUCGCUUACUCUAGCGAGAACAAUUAGGGAUGCAAUGUCGCUGACAAAAUCUCUCGGGCUGAGAUAUCUCUGGGCCGACAUGCUUUGCAUAGUCCAAGAUGACCCGUCCGAUAAAGUCGUUCAGCUUCCAAACAUGGCGAAUAUCUACGGAGAUGCAUAUUUCACCAUCGUUGCAGCUGAUGGAACAGAUGCUCGAAGCGGCAUUCCAGGUAUAAGUAGACAUUCCCCUCGCACGUUUAUACCACCUCUGCUUCAUUUUAACACCUUCUCUUUGGCCGCAAACUUCGCAGUGAAACCUAAUGCAGAGGAAAUCAGGGAAAAAGUAUGGCACACACGUGCAUGGACGAUGCAAGAGCGUGCUCUGUCACGACGCACAUUGAUGUUUCUAGAUCAGACCGUCAGCUGGACGUGCAUGCAAGCGUCUUUCGACGAAGAAACGUUCAUCCCAGCUUCGAGUGAUAGCGUCAAGGCUUGCUAUUACUGCCAGUCAAGCAGCGCCUCGGAUACGAGCUUCUUGAGAAUAGCCAAGUGGCCCCAUCUCGACAAUUACUCUGAGCUGGCGUCUUAUUUCACGGAACGCUCAAUGACCCGUUCGGACGAUAUGCUUAAUGCAUUCGCCGGGAUUCUUGCUGCACUGCGACCAUCAUUUCCCCAUGGAUUUUUCCAAGGCCUCCCGGAAUUCUUCUUCGAUGUUGCACUUUUAUGGCGCAGAUUCGAAUCGGAUCACAGUCGUCGCGCGCGCCGGCCCUUCCGCCGAUGCUCCAAGCCAGGCAAGAAGUGGGCUUCUACUCAUUUCGCAAGCUGGUCCUGGGCUGGGUGGGAAGAUUGUCGCGUUCAGUGGCCAAUGCUCUAUAGCGAUGCAGUGGAUUGGGCGAUGGAAGUCAUUCCGAUUUCACCUGUAACAUCGUGGCAAAAAGUGAAUAAGCACGGUAGUCUCUCAGCAGUACGGAACAGCUUCUAUCAGCAUCGUAUUUCAGCCCAAGACUCUACUCACUUAGAACUAGAGGAAGGUUGGGAGAAAAUCGACCAAGAAACUUCGCUACCAUCCUCCGCGGAUGGGUCAUCCCGGUUCAAGCACCCCCUUGCUCCCGGUGUAAAGUUCCGCUACCCGAUUCCCAUCGCCAAGUUGACCUCGGAGCGGCCAACGCUAGAUCUUCACUCCAUGCACCUCAGAUUCAGCAGUACAAUUUGCAUUUUUACAUUCCGUGAGGAGGUCCUAGGCGUCCCAUUCCCCCAAGGAUCAAUAUACACAGCCAAAAAAGUUUGGGCAGGCUUCAUGCACGACAUCCAGACUCCAGUUCUGGCGGAAGAUCUCAACCCACUGGCUUGUGAGGUCGUCGCUAUCAGUACUGGUUUCGUCAACAUCAAACGCGAGCGUUUGCUCGACAAAUGGGAACUUGCCCGGGUUGAAGAUGUGGUUCCAGAAGUUGCACACUUUUCGCAGAUUAGAGACGCUGGAGAUGUAUAUCACUUUUACAACGUGAUGUGGUUAGCGUGGGAAGAUGGGAUAGCGUAUCGGAGGGGCAUUGGGAGGGUGUGGAAACCGGUCUGGGAGCAACAAGAGCUGAAGCAAAUGGAAAUCACUCUCGGCUGAUUUCUGGACCGACACUCCUGCGAACAGUCCUGCAGUCUCAAUACCUGGAUGUGCUGCAUUGCCUGACUCUUUUUAAUUGUGGCUGGCUUAUUUCCAACCCAGCAGCAACACAAGCGUGCGUCAGCCACCGUA